AUGGGUGCAACGCGCGAGGCGCGCGCCCAAGGGCGGCGCGGGGGCCGGCGCGGGGGCGGCCGCGGGGGCGGCGCGGGGGGCCGCGGGGGGCGGCCGCGGGGGCGGCGCGGGGGGCGGCGAGGGGGCGGCUUGGAGCGACCGCAAGCGGGGGUGGCGGGGGCGGCUCGUCCAGUGGCCUUCGGCGCCACCGCCGCCGUUGUGGAUAUCGUCUCGCGCAACACACAAAACAUACAGAAAAUUCAGGAGAAAAUCAAUAUGAAAAACAACUCCGUUCACAGAUAUGUAAACAACCGCUGUACUAAGUAUGCGACAACUGCAAGCGUUCAAUUUGCCGCAGACAAAUGGAAAAAGCGCACGCAACAUCGCUGUGAUAGAAACCCUGAAGCAUUGCCCUCAUUUUGCUCUACUCCUAAAGCGCCCAGUGUAUCAGUCAUAGCUGAACAUUUAUCCUCGGCGACGUCCCAGACUUUUAUGAACUCCACGCGCAGAUCCGGGCUCCCUGAGCAGUAUUCGUAUGGGGAGCACGUCUCCGGCAAAUAUUGCAACUGUCCUGUCCCUGCUGCUAAGGAACGUGCGAGCGGGAGUGCAAAGACGGGGAGAGGAGCUGGGCGCCGGCGCGGACGCCGAGAACCAGCGCUGUGGGAAGAGGGCGGAGGGUUUACGUACUUAUGUGCCCCAUAUCCAUCGCUAAGUCAAAAUAAAGAAACAGUAUUGCACCUAGUGAGUAACUUCAACCUUCAUCUAGUCUUACUAACAAGUGAUUUGCUCGAAGGCAAAGAACGUCUUCUGAUUCUAAUUCCCUCCACCGUUGCAUCACGUUCCUCUUCACAUUUCUUCGUCUCUGCUCUGCUUCGUCCGUCGGAUGCUUCCACUUGGCGCUCGCCGCCUGCGCGCACGGCGCGCGACCCUGAGACCGAGGCGCAGGGAUCGAUUCCUCGAUAG